AAAAUAAAAUAAAAUAACAUUUUCAAACUUUAGUCUUUUCGUCUUAUCCAAACUAAGGAAAAUAUACCGUUUGGAAGUUUGCUGGGUGGGUAACAGUGUUCGACAAGACAAGAGGAAGUGAUGGCAUUUCUUCGUCUUCCUAUCACAGCGCCACCAUCGUCUCCAGUGUCUCUGCCAUCCUUUGAGACUCCAAUUCUAAACUCAACCAAAUUCACCAACUGGGUUCGAUCCAAGUCUUUCAAUUUCGUGCUCUCUGGGGCUCUCACGCUCGGACUCUCUCUCUCUGGAGUUGGAGUUGCUGAGGCAAAAGUUGGAGUCAACAAGCCAGAAUUGCUUCCCAAAGAGUUUAGUCCUGUCAUUGAUGUUGGGGGGUUCCUCUCUGAUGGCCAGGAGAAAAGACUUGCACAAGAAAUUGCUGAUAUUGAAAAUGAUACUGGGUUCAAGUUGAGAGUUCUAGCGCAGAAUUAUCCUGAAACACCAGGGCUGGCGAUUAAAGAUUUUUGGCAAGUGGAUGAUAGAACUAUUGUCUUUGUUGCUGACCCCACGUUUGGCAAUAUAUUAAACUUCAAUGUUGGGGCUUCUGUUGAUCUAGACAUUCCACGUAGUUUCUGGAGCCGAUUGGCAGGGAAAUAUGGAAAUAUUUUUUAUUGGAAAGAGAAGGGGGAAGAUGCAUCAAUUGAAGCAGCUGUAAUGGCAAUAUCUAAUUGCUUGAGAGAACCUGUAGGCCCAAAUAAUUGCUCUGAGGUAAAAUAGUACAACAAUGGCUACAGUAACAAUGUUCUCUCAGCUGUAGUCUGCAAAAAAUUUGCAACACACGAUGUAAAAGGUGAUAAAGAAAUUUGAAUUCAUGUUCUUCUAUGUCAUGUUGAAUCAGUCAACACACACUGUAUUUACAUAGUCAUUUAAUAACAAGAGGGCCACAGAGUGAGCAGCAUCCUGUUCUGUAAUCUAA